GCCAGCCGACAGACCGCGCCAGCAGCCGGAGCACGCCGCUCCCCCCAGACGCCAGACGCCAGCGCCGGUGAAAGUGAAGCGGUCCAGUGCGCAUGCGCGCCGCCGCCACCGCUAUAUAAAAUAAAAAGGGACGCCCGCAAGCUCCUUCGCGCAGAGAGUCCGUCUCAGUGCGACCGAGGAUGGCCAGGACUACGACUUCGUGGCUGGCUCUGCUGCUCCUCGUCGGCGCAGCUACUGCACUGACGAGAGUACGUCGACAGGAUGACGGCGCUGAAGCCGACGAUCAGUCCAUCGACGAGCUGUGCGACCAGAGGCCACCCGACGAGUAUUUCCGCCUCAGCACUGACGGAGACUGCAGAGACGUCGUCAGGUGCGACCAAGCGGGAGAGAACGGCAUUACGCGCCUGGCGUCCGUCAGGUGCCCUAACGGAUUAGCUUUUGAUAUUGAGCGACAAACAUGUGAUUGGAGAACCAAUGUUAAAAACUGUGAUAGGGUAGAAAAGCCGCGUAAGGUUCUGCCCAUCCUCAAGACGGACGAACCAGUGUGCCCCGAAGGCAAGCUGUCCUGUGGCAACGGCGAGUGCAUCGAGAAGGAACUCUUCUGUAACGACAAGCCGGACUGCAAGGAUGAGUCCGACGAGAACGCCUGCACCGUGGAGACAGACCCUAACCGUGCGCCAGACUGCGACCCCACGCAGUGCGUGCUGCCAGACUGCUUCUGCUCCGCUGACGGCACCAGGAUCCCCGGCAGCAUAGAACCCAACCAGGUGCCACAGAUGAUCACACUGACGUUCAACGGUGCCGUCAACGUGGACAACAUCGACCUGUACGAGGAGGUCUUCAACGGCCAGCGCAACAACCCGAACGGCUGCCAGAUCCGUGGCACGUUCUUCGUCUCGCACAAGUACACCAACUACUCGGCCGUGCAGGACUUGCACCGCCGUGGCCACGAGAUCGGCGUCUUCUCGCUCACUCACAAGGAUGACCCCAAUUACUGGACUCAGGGUUCGUACGACGACUGGCUGGCUGAGAUGGCUGGCGCCCGCCUCAUCGUUGAGCGCUUUGCCAACAUCACGGACGGCUCCAUCAUCGGCAUGCGCGCGCCCUACUUGCGCGUCGGCGGCAACAAGCAGUUCGAGAUGAUGGCCGACCAGUUCUUCGUGUACGACGCGUCCAUCACGGCGCCGCUCGGCCGAGUGCCCAUCUGGCCGUACACGCUGUACUUCCGCAUGCCGCACAAGUGCAACGGCAACGCCCACAACUGCCCCAGCCGUAGCCACCCGGUCUGGGAGAUGGUGAUGAACGAGCUGGACCGCAGAGACGACCCCACGUUCGACGAGUCGCUGCCCGGUUGUCACAUGGUCGACUCCUGCUCCAACAUCCAGACUGGAGAACAGUUCGCCCGUCUCCUCAGGCACAACUUCAACAGGCACUUCAACUCCAACCGUGCCCCUCUCGGCCUGCACUUCCAUGCCUCCUGGCUCAAGAGCAAGAAGGAAUUCAAGGAUGAGCUCAUCAAGUUCAUCCAGGAAAUGCUUGAAAGAAACGACGUCUACUUCGUCACCAUGCUUCAGGUGAUCCAGUGGAUGCAAAACCCCACAGAGCUGACUGGGCUUCGAGACUUCCAGGAAUGGAAGGAAAAGUGUGACGUGAAGGGUCAACCAUACUGUUCACUGCCCAACGCUUGCCCACUGACGACACGUGAGCUUCCUGGUGAGACACUGCGCCUCUUCACGUGCAUGGAGUGCCCCAACAACUAUCCCUGGAUCCUCGACCCCACAGGUGAUGGCUUCUCUGUGAAGAAGUAAACCCCACUACAACAGCUCAUCAAAAUAGAUACUUGAGCUGAUUCCAUUCCCAAAAUACAUCUGGAGAGCGUGCAUUGUUCUGAGUGGACACAAGAAGAACCUUCUAGUCUGUGUCAACAUGGAAAAGUGCAUCCUUCAAUGAUGUCUCAUCCAUAAAUGUGGAGCUCGGACAGUGAAGAAGAUUAUGCUCUGCCUUGUGUGCUGUGUUGCAACUGCGUUAGACUGAGAUACUUUGAUUUGUAUAUGUAUUUUAUGUUGACAUUGUCUUCUGAAAGACUGAGCACUCCUAUUGUUCUGUGCCACAGUCAUUAGAAGUUCGUGGUUGUCAAAGACCUUUGACAUUCAUUUCAAACUUUAUAUUUAUAGAAAAAUUGUUUGAGUAUUGUGAAAUCAAAUCAUUUAAUAAAACUUUUCAGGACUUAAAUUACACAUUAUACAGUAAUACAUAUUACACAUACUCUAAAUUAAUUUAACUGAAAGAAAUUUUUAGUUAGAUCCCUACAGGUCAAUCUCUGUAUUCUUAGCUAUGUGCAUUUUCUUUUUAUUAAGUACCUGCUCUCAUUGAUUUAUUUACAGUGAGUUAAAUGAUGUUACAGAUCAAAUAUGUAAUCAGUUUAGUUGAUUAAAUUAUGUCACUCCGAAGAUAACUAUACACUGAACAGACAGAACUGCCUGUUGACCAAGUAUUCAUUAUGUUUCUGAAACAAGAACAUGUUGUUCUAUUGCAAUUAAUUUUAAUAAAGUCAAAACUUUUGUCAGUA